AAUAGAAAUAAAACUGUAUACAUUUUACAAUCUCAAACUCUACUUUAAUAGAAGUCUUGUGUACUGACUUGUAUUUUUUUCAGUAUAAAUACUUAUCUUAGGUGUUUGCAAUUGUAACACUUGAAAGCAAUGGCAUCAUCAAAACCAAAGGGGUUAGGGAGGUCAGUGAGCAUUCAAGAGCUUGCCAAACAGCCCAUGCUUGGCAUCCCAGAGCGCUAUGUUCGUUUAGAUAAUGAACCUUCAUCAAUUCUCUCAGAAGAUGCCACUUCUCUCCAAAUGAUUCCUAUCGUUGACAUGCAACAAUUACUUAUGGAUGAAGCAACAGAUUUUAAACUAGAGAAGUUGCACUCCGCAUGCAAAGAAUGGGGUAUCUUUCAGUUGGUAAACCAUGGAGUUAGCUCUUUACUAGUGGAGAAACUGAAAUAUGAAAUUGAAGAAUUCUACAAGCUUCCUUCUGAAGAGAAAAUGAGAUUCAAGAUACAGCCAGGUGAUGUUGAAGGGUAUGGACAAACCAAAUCAAUGGAAGAAGAUCAAAAAGUUGAUUGGGCAGAUAGGUUUUUUAUGUUCGUCAACCCUGUCCAUAGAAGGAAGGCCCACCUACUUCCAGAGCUCCCUUCUUCACUUAGGGAAACCUUGGAGUCUUACAUAUCAGAGUUGCAAAAACUUGCAAUGACACUUUUUGGAUUGAUGGAAAAAGCUCUAAAGAUUGACAAGGGAGAGAUAGAGGAGAUGUUUAAUGAUGGAACGCAAUCAGUGAGGAUGACAUACUAUCCUCCAUGUCCCCAACCUGAAAUGGUGAUGGGCCUUACGCCUCACUCCGAUGCUACCGGCAUCACCAUCCUUCUACAAGUCAAUGGAGUUGAAGGCUUCCAAAUUAGAAAAGAUGGGAUUUGGAUUCCUGUGAAUUUCCUUCCAGAUGCAUUUGUUGUUAAUGUAGGCGACAUUCUAGAGAUAUUGAGCAAUGGUCAAUACAACAGCAUUGAGCACAGGGCAACUGUAAAUUCAGUAAAGGAGAGAAUAUCCAUUGCAAUGUUCUUCAACCCGAAGUUCGAAGCAGAGAUCGGACCUACAACUAGUCUUGUAAAUCUACAAAAUCCACCAUUAUUCAAAAGGGUUGGAAUGGAAAAGUAUACUAAAGAUUUCUUUUCUCGUAAGCUUAACGGCAAGUCAUUUUUAGAGCUAAUGAGAAAGAUUGAAAAUGGAGAAGAUAGCACAACUUGAUGGCAAUCACUUUAAUAAUCUUAAAAAUAGCAAUAAUGACUAGAUUUGUGGUCAUCCUAAUUAAUUAAGAAAACAAAAUAUUGGUAUAUGUACUACAUAAUGUUAUAUUAUGGUUUCGAAUGCAACCUCUAAGCAACAUGUCAUGUGUGAGAGACAGCACAUGAUCCUUCACUUCAUUUGUUAGACAAGCCUAAAUAUAACUAGUUUGCUCAAUGAAAUUAGAUGUUUGAUAUCUUUUUAUGUACAAAUAUUGUAUGAGUAAAAUGUUGUGUGGUUAAAGUAUUAUAAUUGUUUCAA